AGGGUUACGUCGCCCGAGAAUGUUUAUCGCUAAAAAUAACCCGUAUCUGUGAGGGGGGACAAGGUUGCUAUUGUUAAACAAUGAGUUUUAUUAUUAACGCACUUAAAAACAUUUUACAUAGGAUGCUACAGUUCCUAUCAUUUAGUAAGAAAAAAAUCGGCAAUUCUCUGAGCAUCUACAUCAAAACAAACACCGGAAACACUCUCUCGGUGGAUUUGGACCCCACCUGGGACAUCAAAAACGUGAAAGAGUUGGUGGCCCCCCAACUCGGCUUGGACCCAGGCGAAGUGAAAAUAAUCUUUGCAGGUAAAGAACUGGGGGACUCCAUCACCAUUUCAGAGUGCGACCUAGGCCAACAAAGCACCCUCCACGCUAUAAAAAUCACGAAAAAACCGCCCCCAGUGAGCCCCUUGAUCGAAGAGAGCGACGAAGGCAAACCGCUUUGCGAGACUUUAAACGACCGCAGCUUUUCCAACGACGACACGCAGCCCCCCAGCGGCACCAAAGUCCACUUUUUCGUCUACUGCCCCACUUGUAAGGGUCUGAAAAACGGGAAACUGCGCGUGAGGUGUCAUUUUUGUAAAUCGGGGGCUUUCACCGUGCACGCGGACCCUCAAAACUGGACGGACGUUCUAGAGCCGAAGCAAAUUACGGGGUUGUGUGAAAAUGGGGCCGAGUUUUGCGCAGAUAUUUUGGAUAACCGGGAACCCACGUUUGCGGAUUUUUAUUUCAAGUGUUCGGAACACACGUCGCUGGGGGAGGACGACGAAGCCGUGCCUUUGUACCUGAUUCGGCCGAAUUUGAAAGAUGUGCCUUGUUUGGCCUGUGCUGAUGUUAACGACCUAGUCUUUGUUUUUCCGUGUGAAGGGGGACAUGUUACUUGUUUGGAUUGUUUCCGGCAGUAUUGUUCAACGCGCUUGCGCGAGCGGCAGUUCUGGCAGCACCCGGAGUUUGGGUACACGUUGGCAUGUCCAGCUGGGUGUCCCGAUUCAUUUAUUAAAGAGAUACAUCAUUUUCGUUUGUUGUCUGAGAAUCAAUAUGUGCAAUAUCAGAGGUUUGCGACUGAAGAGUUCGUACUGAGGUCUGGAGGGGUCCUCUGCCCUCAACCUGGCUGUGGAAUGGGCAUUUUGGCUGAUCCAGAAUGCACUAAAAUUACGUGUAUUAGUGGCUGUGGGUACGUUUUCUGCCGCCUUUGCCUCCAGGGCUACCACAUAGGGGAAUGCCACAUAUCAGAAGACGUAAAUAGUACAAAUAACGCCGAUUGUUCCUAUAACGUAGACCCAGCUCGGGCUGCCGAAGCCCGAUGGGACGAAGCCUCCAAGGUUGCCAUCAAAGUCCUAACUAAACCAUGCCCUAAGUGCAGAACACCCACAGAGCGAGAUGGUGGUUGCAUGCACAUGGUGUGCACCCGCGCCGGCUGCGAGUACCAUUGGUGUUGGGUGUGCCAAACCGCGUGGACCCGCGACUGCAUGGGCAGCCACUGGUUCGGCUAAACCAUCCAUCCAUCCAUACUUUAAGAAUCAAGUUGUAAUAAUUAAUAAAUGUCGUGGAAACGAA